AUGAGAGGAGAGGAGACGAGAGGCGAGAGGCGAGGAGACGAGAGGACGAGGGGACGAGAGGAGGGGAAGGAGACGAGAGGAGAGGAGACGAGAGGCGAGGAGACGAGAGGAGAGGAGACGAGAGGAGAGGAGAUGAGAGGCGAGGAGACGAGAGGAGAGGAGACGAGAGGAAAGGAGACGAGAGGAGAGGAGAGGAUAGGAUACGAGAGGAGAGGAGACGAGAGGAGAGGAGACGAGAGGAGAGGAGACGAGAGGCGAGGAGACGAGAGGAUAGGAGACGAGAGGAGAGGAGACAAGAGAGGAGAGGAGGGAGAGGAGAGGAGACGAGAGGGAGGAGAGAGGAGACGAGAGGAGGAGGAGAGAGACGAGAGGAGAGGAGACGAGAGGAGAGGAGACGAGGGGCGAGAGGGAGAGGAGAGGAGACGAGAGGAGAGGAGACGAGAGGAGGAGACGAGAGGAGAGGAGACGAGAGGAGGAGACGAGAGGAGAGGAGAGGAGGGAGAGGAGAGGAGAGGACAGGAGACGAGAGGAGAGGAGACGAGAGGAGAGGAGACGAAAGGAGAGGAGAUGAGAGGCGAGGAGACGAGAGGGGAGGAGAAGAGAGGAGACGAGAGGAGAUGUUCUGCAAAGCUGGCAGAUUAUUUCUACCAAUGCGGAGAGGAGAUGUGA